AUGUUUCGUCGACAUUGGGGAGGCCUGGAAGAUGUCCGAAAACGGUUACGACAACUAACUUUACCGAGGAGGGUACUAGUAAUUGUUCUAUGCAGCUUAGUUGCUCUAUAUUUUCUUAUCUCUUCUAUCUUUUCGUCUGAAAAUUCAUCGGUUACAAAUCCUUGUAUUUUGGAGCGAACGCGAGAGUGGAAAGAACUUGAGGAAAGUGCACUUGCGUCAACUUCACCACACCUGCCUGUUUUCGUUGGGAAUGGUUUUGUUGGACUUGGAGGUGACGGCGAGUUAAGGAUGUUGGCCAAAUCUAAGGACACACUGUCGCAAAAAAUUGCUUUCUUCCCUCUUGUGGACGCAGAAGUUGUGGGAGCUUCUUUAGAAGCAAAAGCUACUGUGGUUGAUUAUCGUACUGGGGUCGCAAAGAUGAUGCAGUGCUUUUCUAAGGGUGACGAGUGUGUUUGUGUUACGAGAAGUUUUUAUGCUCACCGUACUCGGCCACACGUUAUUGUUCAAGAUAUUGUAAUCACGAAUCCUACGGACGAUCUAGUUGAAGUUAAGUUGACAACUCACUCUCACGUAAAGUGGGAUCAGGAUGAAAGAGUUGACAAGACUUAUGUCUACUCACGCGCUCUCGAAGUUGAUGAUACAGCUUUUGCACUUGGGGGGAUUUGUUCAUUUGUUCCUAAGAAGAUCACUGUUGAAAGAAAGCGCGAAGAGAGUGAACGUUUUUUGUGUGUGGUUAAUUAUGAAGUUGUGAAAACGAAUGAGAUUAUAGAAGGGAAGAAAAGAAUAAACAGAGCAGUGUCUAAGUCAACUUCCAGUCUUCCUAAAGUGUAUAGUUACUUUUUGAAGGAAUUUGCUGACAUUUUGAGUCUUGGUAUUGGGAUUCUCGAUCGAGAGAAUGAGGACGCCUGGCGCAAACUGAAUACUGUAACUUUCGACAUCUCAAAAUCACUUGCUCCUGACGUGCUUAAUACCGGGCUAAUAAAUGCGCUGAGGUAUGGUUUACUGGCGAACGUUCGAGCACCGCUUCUUGAACAUGCAGUGCCUCCUCAAAAAAAAAAGGAGGCUUACGCACUAAUGUAUGAACGACAAGAAAGUGCUUGCUAUUCGGGGCAUUCUACCCUCUUUGUACCUAGUGCCUCUUUAUGGAAAAUAUCUAGUUCAGUUGACAAUCUUGUCAGUGUGAUAUCUGUUUGGAUUCAUACACUGCAACAAAAUGGAUGUGUGAAUUUUGUUAACGCUGGUGCAAGCGGUGUAGCUCAAGCUUUCGUACUGAGUUUGAUUGCUGGCAAGUUUACAUCUCACCACUUAGAAAUCAGAUUGGAGCCACCAGAUUUACACCGUGAAAUUACUGUAGAAGGGAUUGCAUUAUCAAGCACUGCCCGUUUUUCUUUAGCUAUCAAGCUGGAUGGUGAGAAUCGUCCAUAUAUGCUUGCUUCUUCAAACUCUCAGAUGUACGCUUGUGAUGCUGGUUGUUUGAGUCCACCAGAGUUGUUAAGCGACGAUCGACGUGUGUUCCCAGUAAAAGCAACGAAACCUUUAACGCCAAUUUUGUAUAUAUCCGAAAAUAAACGCCAUCUUGUACAAUUGCGCAACACAAUUCAUGUUUCAGAGGUCAUUAUGGCACCAGCUCAUGAACAGGAGUUAAUUGCGUUGCACAAACACGGACACAGGUUAGGAGGACUUCCAGUUGCCUUCUGGGUUUUACUUGGAGCUUUAGUUGUAAUUUUUCAUCUUUUUCUUUUCAAACUUCUUUACUCAGAGUGGAGCAAAGCCGAUUAUACCCCUUAUAAUUAUUACCUCCGGCAGCGUUACGUCAGGAGUCACUGA